GUGUAGUAUUUUUGUGUGCGUUUUUCAAGCGAGUGAACUCGAAAUAAAUUCAUCUCUGCACUGGAGCGUUGGCGGACUUCGAGAAACGGAAACGGCUUCUUUUUUCGACUGUCGGCUGUGUUGCACGGUUUGCACGCAGAUUUUUUUGAAAUGUGUCGAAAGGUGUGAUAUUUUAUAACAAAUUGUAAAAGCGUUCAAAAACGAAGCUGAAAACGAAUCCAAAAAGGUAAUGGAUGUAAAAAAGCCGGCAGUACGUGGGAACCCUCUGCCACAACGGCUGCAGAUCCGCGGUGAUGGCGGCAUAGGUGACCCCAACCAGCUGCAGCAGGGUGUACCCAGCUACCAACAGAAGAACCUAGGCGGAAAGCGCAACCAGCUGGAUGGUCCAGGCGGAAACCGUCCCGUUGUCGGUAAUCAAGACGGAGCCGGUGGAAAUCAGCAGCAACAACGCGAAGAAGGUGGUUACGGCGGCCCCGGUGGCAACCGAGGAACCUGUCGGAACAUGGGUGGUGUUAAGCGAUUUGGAAACCGCAACCAGCUGGAUGGUCCAGGCGGAAACCGUCAGAACAACCCCGAUGUCGGUAAUCUAGACGGAGACGGUGGAAAUCAGCAGCAGCAACGAGGAGGUGAUUACGGCGGCCCCGGUGGCAACCGAGGAAGCUGUCGGAACAUGGGUGGUGAUACAGAUCAAAACUUUGCGGAGGAUGAUUGGUUACUAGAAGGAAUGCAGUGGUUGAAUAGCGUCGAAGAAAACCAGUCCUACGAAAGCAACAUACCCCGGAAGCAAGCCCAUCAGUCGAUUGAUUUUAUUGAAAGCUCCACGAGACUGGAAUCGAACACGUUGGAAACGGUCGCAACUGAACGUGACUCGUCAAUUGUGGAUUUGAAUUCGACCGCCAGCAUCAACGUACCACUGCAUCCGGCCCAGAAAGGGUUUCAACAGAAUGAAGUUUGCUUUUCGUCGCAAAUAAUGAUACCAGGUUCCAAAGUGGGACUUAUCAUUGGCAGGCGAGGCCAAACAAUUAAGGAUCUGCAGAAGAAAACAGGAACCAAGAUGGUUUUUAUCCAAAAUGAUCCUAGACAGAAGAAAGAUAAACCGCUACGCAUUUCUGGCGACCCACAGAGAGUGGAACGGGCCAAGCAGCUGGUUUUCGAUAUGCUUCGAAAGCACAAUCACACCGAAACUCAUGAGCAUCUGGGCCAAAUGACUGUAUCACAACAGGAAGAAGUUUCAAUCUUAAACGAGGUGAUUGAUAACAACAAUCACAGUCAUUCCUCGGAUCCAACUGCGACCAGACCAUGCAGUGCUCCGGAACCACCACUGGCAUCGAAGCCCAAGUCCGGUGUUGAGGCUGUCCUAGUUAAUUUCCCGCCACCCGUUCAGGAAGAUCGGCAGUCACCGAUUUCAACCGACGAGAGCUUUGUACUGGCGGUCUCAGAAAUGUCAACUGACGUAGAUGACGAACAAAUCUCCACAGAUGAUGAAAUUCACCUCCAUCAAGCCAUUGGGCCACGGUUUAGUCUGGACUCUCCGGUUCCGUGCUCAACGCACAGAAGAAAAGGUGUCUCUUUUGGCGCAUACUCAGGGCAGUGUCGACUACAGGAUGAUGUCAUUGAUCCAUCGCCACCGUUUCCGCCGCAGCAACUGGCAUCGUCCCUGCCGUCGCCGGGAGUUCCAUUGUCGUCGUCGUGUCUACCAUCGUCAUCGCUGCCGUCGUCGCAAACCGCCGUCUAUCCAGCACCCAGCAAUCUGCCACCUAGCUCGCACCCACCGCUGGAGUCCAUCUUACACAAAGAGCCAAAACGCACAAAUGAAACCACGUGGCAGACUAUCAAAACAAAUGUGCCUAUGAAGGAGGCCGAAAACUUUCUUCGGACAUUCGAAUUAGGAUUUCUAUUCAAGUCGGAGAACCGUCCUGCAAAAGGAACAAUGCGGGGCUGA